CAAGAAGAAAAAAACUCACCUGAAGCGCAAGACAACUCUGCGGGAGUGGAUCUGAGCAGAACAUGCCCCUACUUAGACACGAUUAAUCGAAAUAUGCUUGACUUCGACUUUGAAAAGCUGUGCAGCAUCUCUCUUAGUCACUUAAAUGUUUACGCAUGUUUGGUUUGCGGGAAGUAUUUUCAGGGGCGCGGUUCUAACACACACGCUCAUACUCAUAGUGUUAACGAAAAUCAUCAUGUAUUUUUGAAUCUGGAGACGCACCGAUUCUACUGCCUACCUGAUAACUAUGAAAUUGUGGAUGGAUCACUAGAGGAUAUUACUUACCUUCUGAAUCCUAUUUUUCAAAAAGAUGACAUCUCGAAGCUUGAUACAAGUGCUAGUAUGGUGCGAGCCUACAAUGGUUUAACAUACUAUCCUGGAUUUGUGGGUUUGAAUAAUAUCAAGGCCAAUGAUUACUGCAAUGUAAUUCUGCAAUUGUUAAGUCACAUCAGCCUUCUGCGUGACUUCUUCCUUCGGCCAGAAAACUAUCAGGAUCAAAUCAAACGAGCUGCAGCUGGAGAUCAUAUGACCCUUCUCGUUCACAGGUUCGGAGAGCUCAUCCGCAAACUAUGGAAUCCUCGUAAUUUCAAGACUCAUGUUUCCCCUCAUGAGUUUCUUCAGACAGUGGUACUUUGCAGCAAGAAACGUUUCCAGUUUACGGAACAGGGUGACGCUCUAGAGUUUCUCUCGUGGCUUUUGAAUGCCCUUGAUCAGACCUUAAGGCCCGUUUCCAAGGGCCAUCCUGUGAAACCGACCAUAAUUGGGAGGGCUCUGCGAGGCCGUAUGGUCAUUUACAGUCAGAAAGUAACACCAGUCAACAUCACACCGGAGCAAGCAGAGCAAUAUGCCACUGAUCCAGAGUACAUGCCGCGUGUUACGGAAUCACCCUUCCUCUACCUUACGUGUGACCUACCACCGCCACCCCUGUACCUGGACGAGUUCAAGGAGAGCAUCAUUCCCCAAGUGCCACUCUCCACCCUCCUGGCCAAGUUCAACGGAGUCACGGAGAAGGAGUACAAGACACACUGCGACUCCACCAUGCGCCGGUUCUGCCUCAAGCGCCUUCCUCCAUAUCUCAUUCUAUUCAUGAAGCGCAUUGUGAAGAACAUAUUCACGCUGGAGAAGAACCCAACCAUUGUCAAUUUUCCCAUUAAGAGCAUAGACUUUGGAGAAUUGCUUGAUCAAGAAGCACGUGCUCAACACAAAUACACGAUCUACGAUUUGGUGGCCAAUGUGGUUCACGAUGGUCCACCUACUCCAGGUGCAGGCACUCACCGAAUCUUUGUACUGCAACGCGGCACGGGCAAGUGGUUUGAAAUGCAGGACUUACACGUGAAUGAAGUUCUUCCCCAGAUGAUUCCUCUCAGCGAAUCGCUUAUUCAGGUGAGGCUGUCCUUCAAUUUCCGGACUGCCAAGGAACCCGGAGGAGAGGCUUGA